UUAUUGUGUCCAGCUUGACAAAGGUCUCGCGCAGCAGGCAGGUCCCUCCAUCCGCGCGGACACGAUGACAGACAUGAGCUCGGCGGUGCGGUUAUCGCUGCUCGGCCUCCUCCUGUGCCUGCAGCUCGGCAGGGCUCCCGCCCGCAGCCCCCGCACGGCGGACCAGGUGUCUGAGGCCGACAUCCAGCGGCUCCUGCACGGCGUCAUGGAGCAGCUGGGCAUCGCUCGGCCCAGGGUGGAGUAUCCCGCACACCAGGCCACCAACAUCGUCGGGCCUCAGAGCAUACAGGGUGGUGCUCACGAGGGGCUGCAGCACCUCGGCCCCUUUGGCAACAUCCCCAACAUUGUGGCCGAGUUGACCGGUGACAACGUUCCCAAAGACUUCAGUGAUGAUCACGGGUACCCAGACCCUCCAAACCCCUGUCCUCUGGGGAAGACAGGAGCAGACGGGUGUUUGGAAAACGCUCCGGACACAGCCGAGUUCAGCAAAGAGUUUCAGAAACACCAGCACCUAUUUGACCCAGAGCACGAUUACCCUGCCCUGGCCAAGUGGAACAAGGAGCUUUUGUACCAGAAACUGAAGGGAGGACCGAAGAGAAGAAAAAGGAGUGUGAACCCGUACUUAAUGGGCCAGAGGCUGGACAAUGUUGUCGCCAAAAAAUCUGUACCUCACUUCUCUGAGGAGGAGGAGGAGGAGGAGGAGAAAGAAGAGGCGCCGAUGGUCUCUGCUGCCAGCAAAUCCUCCACCUAAACUCCUGCACUGCAACACUCACUGUAUACUCAUUCACUCAAAGUAUACUCUCAGAUACGAGUUUGUAACACUGCAUAUUGAAGCAUUUUGGUUAACAAGCAAUGGAUGUGUGAGUUCAGUGCAAGUACUGUGACAUAUGAAAUAGUAAGCAGAGAAAAUCUAAGCAAAAAAUGAUAACUUUUUUAUUGUAUCACAAUCAUAUUAAUGAGUCUAGAACAGGGGUGGGCAGACUUUUUUUUAUUGUGAAAAAUUUAAGGAGUCGCCGGCCAAACAAUAGUAAAUGCAUAUUUUAACCAGUGACAUGGCAAGAAAAUCAUUUUUUUCUCGACCAGAAAAGCCCAUUUGCCACUGAAAAUUAAUAUUAUAUCAACACUGCUACAUAACAUUUAAGUGGUUCAUUGGUGUGCCAACAUAUCCUCCUGACACCUGAACUUUUGUUUGGUAUGCAUUUUUAAUAUCUCCUAGCUAUUUGGAGCUUGUUACCGUUGCUAAAAUUGGUCAAAUUUGUUGCCAUAAUAAACAAUAAUGGCAACCUUUACAUAGAAUCAUUGCCUGAGAUUUGACCAUUUACCCCAAAAUGCUGAAAUACAAAGUGUUAAAAUCUUGACUGGCAGUGUACAGCAUAUCUACAACUGUAUUAUAAUAAGAGGCUGUAUAGAGAUAUAUUGAUCUGUUGGAAUGUUAAAUGAGAAAGUUAUAAUUAAUCACGACUGUACAGAGAGCAAUUUACUCACACCCUGAUGUUUAAUUUUUCUAUGUGUUGAUACAGUUAAUCACCUUUGUGUCUUCAGAGGCGAAGAUUCAAUACAAAUCAUAUUCUUGUUAAGUUAAUUAUGACCUGUAGCAGCUUUGCUUUGUCAUGUAAAGGUUGACCGUGAUCUACAUCACUGUAGCAUGGCAAUUAGUGUAGCUCUUAUUCUGAUUAUCUAUUCUCAUCACCAUGCUACAGUAAUAGGCGUCUGUACAGGCUGCAGCACUGACUCUGUCAUGUAUCACCUCACCUCGCCAAGAAAUGUUUGUGUUUUGUUUUUGUUCUGUAAAAGUCAAAUAAACGACUUAUCUGCAUUGACAAA